AUGUACAUCACUCUCUAUUACAUAGUCACCCGCCUCCUUGACUCCCUUCAUGUAGUCAGAGACCACUUCCUCUUUGUCUGUCCCACCACUCUCACUGUUGACCUCCUCGAGAAGGCCCUCCUAGCAGCGGAGAAGAGCAUAGUUGCUGUAGGAGCCUCUCGUCGUGACCCUCUCGUCCCCAUCUUUGAGGGUCAGUCGGUGCGGCGUCUGCCCCUAGCGCGAAACGCCACUCUGGCAAGGGCAAGGGGGGCAGGGGCGCGAGAGAAGCUAGCGGGGGUGGUGGAGGUGGCGGUGGAGGCGGCGGAGGGAGUGGGGGUGGCGGUGGGAGUGGUGGCGGGGGUGGAGGUGUCGGUGGCGGCAGUGGAGGCGGAGGCGGCGGAGGCGGUAGCGGUGGGAGCGGAGGCGGCGGUGGUGGCGGAGGUGGAGGAGGUGGUGGUGGAGGAGGUGGAGCUGGUCGAGGUGGUGCUACCCAGCGGAGCGGCUCCGGUGGUGGUCAGCGCUAGCAGCAGCAGCAGCGUUCUCGGGACAUCCCCCCCCCUCAGCAGCUCCAUGAGUGGUACGCUGCACAUCAGCGUGCGCUCCUUUGGCCGCCUGACGGACGCUUGGCGUCACCAGUUCCCGGAGGCCACUGAGAUCCCCCGCUGGGGUGAGCUGUCUAGGGCGGGUGUAGCUAUCUUUGAUCUUGACUUUGAUGCUAUUCUUGCUGCCAUGUAUGCUGUGACUAUUAGUGAUGAGGGUGACUGUUACCGGUGUUUCCCGCCCGACCCGGGCAUUGAGACUGCUGCUCUAGGUACUGGUGAGGCUGCUGCUCUAGGUGCCAGUGAGGCUGCUGCUCUAGGUGCCAGUGUGUCUGCGUCCUCAGGUGCUGGUGAGUCUGCGCUCUCAGGUACCGUGUCGGCUUCGGCCUCCCUCACCUUCACACUUGACUCAGGGGCUUCUCGCUCCUUCUUUCGAGACCGCACCACACUCACGCCGCUUGGUCGGCCGGUUGCGGUCUCCCUGGCAGACCCUUCUGGGGGUCCUGUCCUUUCUCACUUCUCCACUGUCCUCUCGUGUCCGGCUACCCCCUCUGGCACCUUGUCUGGUCUUUACCUCCCCUCGUUCUCUACGAACUUGGUGAGUGGUGCUGACCUACAGGAUGCGGCGGUUCACCAGUUGACUCUUGCGACUGAGCGGGUGACCAAUUGCUUGGACGCUCGCACAGGCCGGCACCUGGCCACGUUCACGCGUCGGCCGGGGUCGAGCCUGUACACCCUGACCACUGAGUCUCCUCCUGUCCCUGCGUUUGGUCAGGUAGCUGCGUCGGGUCAGAUGCAUGGCCUCCCGUGUCCUUGUCUCUGGUCUUCCCCGGUCCCUCCCUCCCCUUCCUCCGGGGCUGGCCCUUCCUGCGUCCCCUGUGUCGAGGGGCGCCAACGGGCUGCCCCUCACUCCUCUCAGUUUCACCCGACAGAGGCCCCGCUGCAGACGCUUCACAUGGACGUGUGGGGCCCCGCCCGCGUCCGUAAACAGGGUCUCGAGCGCUACUUCUUGCUGGUGGUUGACGACUACUCGCGUUACACCACAGUCUUCCCCUUGCGUAGCAAGGGUGAUGUCACUGAGACCUUUACGCUUCUGGACUCUCCACAGCAAAAUGGGAUUGCUGAGCGCCGCAUUGGCAUGGUCCUGGACGUCGCCCGUACGUCCAUGAUGCAUGCGGCUGCCCCCCAUUUUCUGUGGCCGUUUGCGGUUCGGUACGCGGCGCAUCAGAUCAACCUUCACCCCAGGGUCUCCAUGCCGGAGACCUCCCCAGCUUUGCUGUGGACGGGGAAGGUAGGCAAUGCGUCUGCGUUCCGGGUUUGGGGAUCUCGGGCGUUUGUCCGCGACUUGUAUGCGGACAAGCUGUCCCCUCGUGCUGCUCCUUGCGACUUCCUUGGCUUCCCCCCUGACGCGCCAGGGUGGCAGUUCUACCACACCGCCUCUCGUCGUGUUCUGUCCUCCCAGGACGUCACGUUUGACGAGUCGGUUCCCUACUACCGCCUCUUCUCCUACCGCACUCCAUCCCUCCCCCCGCCGCCGCUCUUCCUUGUUCAAGGUCCCCCUCCGGUAGACCCCCUCCCCCCUCAGGGUCCUGCCCUUUCUGGUGUGUCCCAUGUAGACGCAGUCGAGCCUGUCAAGGUUACUGGUGACUCUGGUGCUGCUGGGGGUGCUGAGCCUGGGGGUGCUGACUCUGGGGGUGCUGAGCCUGGGGGUGCUGACUAUGGGGGUACUGAGCGUGUGGGUGCUACGCCUGGGGGUGCUGGGCCUACGGGUGGUACUACUGGGGGUGCUGAGUCUGGGGGUGCUGAGACUGGGGGUGUUGAGCCUGGGGGUACUGUGCCAAGGGGUGCUACUCCUGGGACUGCUGAGGCUGGGGGUGCUACGUCUGGAGCUGCUGAGACUGGGGAUGCCAUGUCUGGAGCUGCUGAGCCUGGGGGUGCGGAGCCUACGGGCACUGGACCUGCUCGUGUGGCGUUUGGCGGUGCUGGGCCUGGAGGUUCUCCGGGUGCUUUGUCUCGACGGGAGCCACUCUCUUCACAGGAGCUGCGCGAGUGGUUUGCCCGGCGCUGGAGGCGUACUGCUGGAGCUGGAGCUUCUUCGGCUGCUGAGGGUGCUGGUGCCGCCGGUCUCGGAGGUGCUCGUCCUAGGAGUGCUGGAGCUACUGGGCCUGCUUGUACGACUGGAGCUGGAGCUGCUGAGGGUGCUAGCACUGAGGUUACUGGUGUCAGUCCUGGCGGCGGUCCUGCUGCGGGUGCUGCUGGUGCUGCUGGAGGUACAGCAGCUGGAGGUGCUGUUGGCGCUGGUGCUGCCGCUGCGGGUGCUGAUGCGUCGUGA